UCUGGAUGAUGGCUUUCGUAGUUCUGCAGGUUUCCACCCCAUACAGUAGAACUGUCUUCACAUCCGUAUUGAAAAUUCUCACUUUGGUGUUGGUUGACAGUUGUUUUGAGUUCCAGAUGUUCAUCAGUUGUAAGUACGCUGCUCUUGCUUUACCGAUUCGUGCAUUUACAUCUGCAUCAGAUCCACUGUGUUCAUCAAUGAUGCUGCCGAAAUAUGUAAAGGUUUUCACAUCCUCCAAAGCUUCUCCGUCAAGUGAGGUUUGUUUGGUGCAUGUUGUGUUGUAUCGGAUAAUCUUGAUUUCCCGUUUGUGUAUGUUAAGACCUACUACUUUUGCUACACUGGUCGUCUUCUCAUGGGUUUGUUGUCCUUGGAUUUCCAAUAUUUAACCAAAUGAUCUCAGAAUGGGGGAUUUGUAGAGAUUAUAGGAACUUGAACAGCUGAAUUCAUGAACCAAUCUAAGCUAGACCCCCAUUGAAAACUUGAAACAACCAUCUAAUACGUUCAAGUUUUCAAUAGUAAUCUAACUUAGAUCAAUUCAUGAAUUCAACUGUUAAAUAAUAUUAUGAUAAUCAUUCGUUAUA